UUGUUCGCGUCGCAGUGUACACGCGGUUGUUGUUGUUUUGAUUCGCCACUACCCACCUUGGCCGCCGAGUGUUCAGUAAAAACGAGUUAAAAAACCAUAAUAAGCGUCGUUGCCAUCAUGGCGGUAAUAACUAUCAAAAAAGUUAAUUAUACCUACAAAGGAUUGAUCGUGCCAGUCUUUACGCCGUUCAAUAACGAUCCAAGCCGAAGUCUGAAUGUCUCGGUCGUUCCGGAUUACGCCAAAUUUCUCGUCUCAAAAAAUAUUCAAGGAAUUCUAGUCAAUGGCUCGACCGGUGAAGGGACGUGUUUAACCAUCGAAGAAAGAAAAAAGAUAACCGAGGCAUGGGCCGCAGCAGUCAAAGAGACCAAGCAACAUCUCAUGAUUCAAGUCGGCGGAGCGGCUCUCAAAGAUGUUAAAGAACUGGCCGCGCACGCUGAAAGCUUGGGCGUGGACUCGAUCUUGUGUUUACCCGAGCUGUAUUUCAAGCCGACGAGUCCCGACGACUUGAUUGAGUAUUUGCAUCAGGUAGCUGAAUCUGCACCUUCAACGCCCUUGUUUUACUAUGAUUUUCCAAAAGCUACCAUGGUCAAUGUUGAUAUGGGCAAAUUCGCUGCAUCGGUAACCGAUAGAAUACCCAAUUUUUGUGGAGUUAAGACUGACUUGGAGAGAGGCUUACAAGCUGAGCGAGCCAACGAAAACCUGCACAUAUUCAUAGCGGGGGAUAUGAUGAUGAUAGCCGGAUGCGCCACUGGAAUGCAGUCGUACAUAAUGACAAGUAUCAACUUCUUACCGGAGCCCGCGUUGGAACUGCUGGAGUACAGCAAGGGUAACAGUAGCUUGGAAAACGCUCGGAAAAAUCAAAAAUUCAUCAACAAAGUCAUCUGCGAGGUCAUUCGUCAUGGGGCAUGGGUGGAGACCAUGAAAAUUGCCAUGAGCCUGACUACGAAUGUAUUUCUGGGCCCACCACGAGCACCUCUGAAACUUCUUUCGAAAGAAAAUGUACAAGUCAUGUCCAAAGGAUUGAACGGACUUGGCUUAAACACAAAUGAGACUGCAGUAAUUGGAAUGUACUGAAUAUUCCUCUUAUUAGUAAUUUAAUACUUUUUUGUAACGAGCAAUAAAAAAAUUAUUAUCGUUUCUUCCUCGUAAAAAUAAUCUGUGAACUCAUUUAUUAUAUAAAAUCUUAACAAUAUCGGUAAAAUUAUGCACAUCACUGACGAACGUGAUUUUAAUUAUCUUAAUCCACCAGUAUCAAAUGGGAUUUAUAUAAGCGAUUGAUUAAAGCGGACGACGAUAAGUACGACAUAUUUUUGAGUGACAAAAAGUUUUGAAAUCGAUUAAAUUAAGCAUCUGUGUAAAAUUUAAAUACAAGUUAUUCAAUUUUCUGCAUUUAAACUCACGUUCUAUUUGUAAACUAUG